UAUCGCGGCGGCGAGACGUGCUGAUAGCGCCUCCCGAUUACACUUCGCUAAUACAUUUCAGUGUUAAAAUUCUUAAUUACUCCUGAAAAUAUUCAAACUAGUGUUCAUCGGUGAAGUGGCAGAGGUCACGAGGUAUGCCGAUCGCGUGCCUUGCCUACUUAUUGAGGCGGCAGAGUACAGCGCAGCGCCAUGUCGUGCUGACCGUGACAUGAGCAGCGGCCGCCAUGGCUCCCGACGCCGAGCACUGCGCCGCCGCGCGCCUGACCGGGGCCCAGCCAGCGCCCGUGCACGCGCCCCGCAGGGUCCUGCCCGACGCACACGCGCCCGCCACCGCCUGGACAGAGAACGAAGAGGAGCGUCCUGGAGACAACACCAACAGCCCCGGGGAGAACCGCCGCCUGCUGCCCACCGGGGCCCCAGUCAAGCACAAGUCGCGCCUACAGGCCGGCCUCACGCUAGGAGUGCACCCCCAGGGGAAAUACAAGUCUCCACAACUUACCAAGUCACAUAAGCCCUACGCGAAGAACAAAUUCGAGAAGAGGAAGGAUAAGCUCUUAGCUCUAUUGAAACCACCGUAUUUUAUAGUGUCCAUAAUAAUUUUACUUGUAUGCAUCCACCUGUGGGGCUCGGCAGACAUGCGCGCGCAGAUGGAGUGGUCUCCCAACGCGUGGUGGCGCGAGCCCUGGCGGCUGUUCACGUACGGCUGCGUGCACGCCAGCGCCGCGCACCUGGCGCUCAACGCACUCGUCGCACUCGCUGUGGGCUGGCCCUUAGAGCGCGAGCAGGGGUGGUGGCGGGUGGUGGUAGUGUGGGCCGGCGGGGUGGCGGCCGGCGCUCUGGGAGCCGGCGUGCUGCAGCCGCGCGUGCGCGUGGUGGGCGCCUCGGCGGCUGUGUACGCGCUGCUCACCGCGCAUAUCGCUAAUGUGUGCCUUAGGUUCGGUCACAUUCCGCUGUGGUGGUUCCGUCCGCUGAGCGUGCUGGUGCUGGGCACGUCGGAGGCGUGCUGGGCGCUGGUGCGCGCGUCGCCGGCGGCGGGGGCUCCGGCCGCUGCGCACGCGCACGCCUCCUAUGAAUACGUUGCCUGGGCGGCGCACAUAUUCGGCGCAGCUGUAGGAAUACCUCUAGCCUUCUUAGUGUUUACUGGCGAAAACUCCAAAAAGCCAUACGUGGUCGCAAGUCGGCUGAUCUCUGGCGCAGUGAUGUGCGCCGGCGCAGUGCUGGCGUGCAUCUACUACGGCUGGUACGGCGACGACCUCGACCAGACCUGAACCCGGGACCGCGGAACGUUGUGUCUCAAUGAAAAGUGCAAUUCGUACUCAUCCGUCCGCUAUUCGUCACGUAGAAUAGCUUUUGAUGGGAAUUUUACAAGUUUGUACAGUUUUGUACAGAGCUAGUCGGAGUAGCGGUGAACAAAGGCCUCAUCGAUUUAUGGAUCUUUUUCACGUUCUAGAUAUAAGCGUUAUGUACAAACAUGUUCGUUGGAGUUAAUCUAAGGGAAAUGUAAACUAAGUGGUAAAUUCUAAAUUGUAACUCCGCCCACCUCGAGUGUCACCUGAAGUCAUGAACAUUGCUUGACUAUAUUGUCGACACCUGGCCUACUGAACUAUACGUAUAUAACUUAUUGCUACGUUGCUUGUUCAUGUUCGCGAUGUGGCGGAGUUUAUAAUAAUAUUGAUUUCUGUGAAAUCACACUUUCGAUUGUUUUGCAUCAAAACGUUGGACAAACGGCUAGUGAUAAUUUAAGCUUUGUACUUAUGCAACGACUUUUAUAAUAUUAGCGACCAAGUGCAAUUGUAAUUACCUUCCAAGACUUUAUAUCAUAAUAAGUAUAUUUGAACUUUGAAAUGUCAUCCACUUAUUCUUGAAUUAUUGCAAUUUUUUUUAUAUGCUCAUUACGAGAUAUUUCAUUGGCACUCAAGAAUUAAAAUUUCGGACUUUUAUAAUGAUAUCAAACAUUUAAUCAAUGUAAACCGAACAAAACGUUGUUAAACUCUUCACUAUCUGUAAUAACAUUGAUAAACGUAAUGACACUCUUGAAAUAACAAUAUAUUCAGACUAAGUGAACAGUUAAAUCUCCGGUUAAAGUGACAUUGCACUGCAAACUGCAUGUCCUCCAAAUGAUAAAUACGUACUAAGUGACUGCAACCAAAGAGAUUAUUGUAUUCUAGUCCAACCUCAAGUUAUAAUACAUGACUUAACUGAACUUUUGUUUUCAUUUUAAUAUUUUUGGUGCUGAAUGCUGAUAUUUUAACCCCUUAUAUUGCGACUGACACUGUACUAAUUAGUGAUAGGUCUAACAAGGCAGUAGUGACAACGACCCUCCAUCAUGAGAAUACUUACGAUUGACUCUAACUAUUGAUCGAAUUGCUGGGAUAUUAAUACAUAUAUAAACUGUGUAACAAAUUAGUGCAGUGAGCUAUCCAAUCUUGCCGACCACGGCGUGUGUGUGGUCAGCGUUACAGUAGGUUGUGGUGAAACACAGAUGAACGAGUCCGUCACAGAGAAACCUGCCUCUACUUGCGUUUGCGAGGAAGGGUCACUAUAACAUAUCAAUAAUUAAGAUAAAUCAUGAAUAAUAUGUGAAUAACGGUUAAAAAUCUUUGACAGACAAUUGUUUUUGGAUAUUGUAUUUUGUUUGAUGUUCUAUGUUAAAAUGAAUAUUAUGUUUUCUACAAAUGUUUCAGCAAAUGUCCUGUGUAUCGCUUUGUGAUAAUUGUGAUCCUAUAAAAGUUCAUUUCCAUA